CAUCAAUGGCGCCCAUGCAGAUGAGCGACGACGCGUGCCGCGUGUGCGGCAAGGAGGACGACGAGGAGUUCCUGGUGCUGUGCGACGGCUGCGACCGCGCCUUCCACACCAGCUGCGCGCAGGGCUGCACCUGCUGCAACACCAAGCCGCGCAACAACUUCGCGCGCAAGCCGGCGGUGCCCGAGGGCGACUGGUUCUGCAAGUUCUGCGCCGGCCGCGUGCCCAAGCUCGAGGAGGGCAAGAAGCCCGUGUCCUCGGUUUUCGCGUGGGGGGACAACGAGGAUGGGCAGCUGGCGCUUCCGGAUACCGAGGAGAAGGUGAUCUGGAAGCCGAGCAAGGUGCACGAGCUGGAUGGCAUCGGCGUGCUGGACAUUGCUUGCAGCGAGACGUGCACGUACGCGCUCUGCAAUGACGCGAACCUGUACUCAGUUGGAACGGGCGUGUACGGCCAGCUGGGACACCAGGACGUCGUCCACGAGAAGCUCGUUCACUUCCGUUUGAUGGAAUCCAUGACGGAGGACAAGCGUUCAAAGGGCGAAGGAAGGUUCUCACAGAUCCACGCAGGAGCGGGCUUCGGUCUGGUUAUCACGACCGAGGGACACGCCUACACGUGGGGCAACGGUGAGCUCGGCCAGCUAGGCCACCAAGAGAACAAGAAUAAGAAGGUGCCAAAGAAGAUUUCUGCCUUGAGGGAGCUUGAAGUGCCUGUCGAUCUGGCUGCGUGUGGCAGUGACUUCGUCCUCAUGACGACAAAGGACAACGGUGACGACGACCAGUUCAACACUCAGAACCCGGGAGUUUUCAUGGGCAUGGGGUCGAACAAUCAGGCGCAACUGGGCGAUGCCUCUAACAAGAACCAGUGGGUUCCACAGCUUCUCAACAACGACAGCCCGGACAUCACCAUCUCAGAGAACACCACCAUUGAGGAUCCUUCGGAGUUCUUGCUUGGUCGUGACAUCACCCAGCUCGCCGCUGGCAGAUCUCACUCUGUCGCUAUUGUUGCAGGGACGAAGGGAAUUUGGACGUGGGGCUUUGGCGAUCGCGGUCAAAUUGGCCACCCGAAGCCGGCACCUCCCCCGGGCCAGUCCAAGUUCUUCCGCUCGCAGUUCCGCGUUCCUCGCCCUCGCUUUGUCCAGGCAUUCAAGAACGAUGCGGUCAAGUUCGUCGCGUGCGGCGGCCAGCACACGCUUGUACUUCUUCAGGACGGACGCCUGUUUGCUAUGGGCGACAACGAGUUCGGCCAGCUCGGUGUGAAGCGCGGCGAAACGCCCGAGGAGAACUGCGUGAAUGUCCCUGUGCACGUCGCCGCCUUUGGUUCUGACAAGAGCAUCAAGCAAAUCGGCUGCGGCGACGAGUUCUCGAUGGCGCUCACGACCACGGGCGACGUGUACUCGUGGGGUCGCGGCCAGCUGGGUCAGCUGGGCCUGGGCGAGUCGAAGUCCGACCCGUUGGACACGCCCACGAAGGUACCCGACCUCCCGGCCAUCCAGAAGCUGGCAGUCGGUAUCAACCAAGUCUUCGCCAUCGAGUUCACUAACGUGACGCUCCCGCCUCCUAUCGUCCGUGCGGCCCCCAAACGCGGCCGUAAGGGUGGACCCGCCGCCAAGACCAAGAAAGCUAGAAAGUAA